AUGGCGAAGAAAGCAAAGUCCCGUACCAUUAUGGUGCGCCUGAUAUCCAUGGCCAUGACGGGCUACUACCGGACCAUGCAAAGACCGCGUGCGCACCAACCGCUGAGCAUGCUCAAAUACGACCCAAUCGUGCGGAAACAAGUACUCUUCCUCGAGGCGAAACGCGGCAAGAAAUAG